AUGACAGCUCAUAAGUCUAGAUAAGAUACAAUUAAUAUGAUAAAUUAGGGUGAGUUUUUGGAGAUGUAUUCUAUUGGGGGGUAUGCUUUAAUAUAUAAAAAGAGAAGGAAGAAGAAAUAUUAUAUUAAAUAAUCUAUAUAACAAAGUGAUCGCAUUACAUUAUCUGGCCGAUUAAUAUGA